UUCAACAUGGCUAACAUUUGGGUACGAGGGUUCAAAUUCUCCAAUCCUACUGCUCUCAGAAAUGUAGGUUUUAUUCAACGUGGUUUUGCUCAUGUUCGAAAGGGAGAUACUGGAGAAGAUGCCAAUAUGGCUCAGAAAGCUACCAGUAUCUUCACCAGGACACCAAAGCCUACCUCUGGAGGACUCAUUCAAAUGUUUUCAACUGGCCAGGCUCCACCAGGACCAGGCAUUGAUAAAGGAUCUCCUGGACAUCAUAAUGAAAUACCGGGAAGCAAGGGUGCAGGAAAACCAGGCAAUGAUAAAGGAUCUCCUCCACAGCAUAAUGAAAAACCGGGAAGUAAGGGUACAGGAAAAGCAGCCAAGGAUACAGGAUCUGAUCCAAAGAAUCUCCAUGAAGAACGAGAAACAAAAGAUAACUAGAAGAUUUAGCUUAGAUGUAUGCGUAGAUUCUAGAAUAAGAAAGUGAAAUUUGUGUUUGUUCGUCCUAGUCCAGCUUAACGACAUCGCACAGAUGUAUGCGUAGAUUAUAGCGUAUGGUAUGAAAGUUGUGUUAGUUUGCUUGAGCUCUGCUUGAUGAUCACAUGCUUGUCAAACUGUUUGAAGUCUGGCGAUAUGCUAAAUCAAUAUUCUGCUAAAGUUCAGAAUGGUGUGCCUUCAUUGUUCUGCCAUAUAUAAAGCAAGCCUUGUGAUUAUUAAUGUUGCAUUACAUUCGCA